GCGGGCUGGCUGGCUGGCGCUAAGUCCUUCCUCGGUAUGGCGGCGGCCGCUCUCUUGGUGCGGCGAUGGGGCUCUGUAGGCACAGUUCAACCUUUCCAAUGUUUGCGACAGCUGCACACUGUAUACCAGACUGUAGAAUUGCCAGAGACUCACCAGAUGCUCCGCCAGACAUGCCGGGACUUUGCUGAAAAAGAGCUGGCUCCCAUCGCUGCUGAUCUGGACAAGGAGCACCGCUUUCCUACAGAUCAGAUAAAGAAAAUGGGGGGUCUUGGAUUGCUUGCUAUGGAUGUGCCUGAAAAAUACAAAGGAGCAGGGCUUGAUUACUUGGCAUAUUCCAUUGCUGUGGAAGAGAUCAGCCGAGGCUGCGCCUCUACAGGCGUCAUCAUGAGCGUCAAUAAUUCCCUCUAUUUAGGACCAAUUCUGAAGUAUGGGUCUGAAGACCAGAAACAAAAGUGGAUUGCUCCCUUCACCAGUGGGGACACAGUUGGUUGCUUUGCCCUUAGUGAGCCAGGAAAUGGCAGCGAUGCAGGAGCUGCUUCAACGGUUGCUCGGCUUGUUGGUGAUGAAUGGAUCUUGAAUGGAACCAAAGCCUGGAUCACCAAUGCCUGGGAUGCCAGUGCAGUUGUGGUGUUUGCCACCACCAACAAAUCCAUGAAACACAAGGGUAUUAGUGCCUUCCUUGUUCCAAUGCCAACCCCAGGCUUGUCCCUGGGCAAGAAAGAAGACAAGCUGGGGAUCAGAGCAUCAUCUACUGCCAAUCUUAUCUUCGAGGACUGUUGCAUUCCCAGGGACAACAUGCUGGGGGAGCAGGGUAUGGGCUUCAAAAUUGCCAUGCAAACCCUGGAUGGUGGCAGGAUUGGCAUUGCCUCACAGGCCCUGGGAAUUGCUCAGGCAGCUCUAGACUGUGCUGUUGAUUACUCUGAGAAGAGGAUGGCCUUUGGCUCUCCUAUCACUAAGUUGCAGGCCAUUCAGUUCAAGUUGGCUGACAUGGCACUGGCACUUGAGAGUGCUCGUCUGCUGACCUGGAGAGCAGCUAUGUUGAAGGACAAUGGGAAGCCGUACAGCAAGGAAGCCGCAAUGGCUAAACUGGCUGCUUCUGAGGCUGCAACUGCCAUUUCCCAUCAGGCUAUCCAAAUACUAGGAGGGAUGGGCUAUGUGACAGAAAUGCCAGCUGAACGGCACUACCGUGAUGCUCGAAUCACUGAGAUCUACGAGGGAACCAGUGAGAUACAGAGGCUGGUGAUUGCAGGGCAGCUGCUGAAAGAGUACCGAGGUUGAAGUUGCAGAUUUGGGCAGGGGGGCUUGCACUUAAGUGCCUCUAGUAAGACUGUAUUUCAGGCAAAAACACUUGUCAUCUGGGUGCCAGUAGGCUAGCCGUCUCAUUUGAUUGCUGACCUUUUACAGGACUAUAUAGACGGCCUGUGGGUCAGGCUUCUUGGGAAAUUUUGAUGGUUCUGGAAUGGUAGGAAAUACAGCUGUUAGGCUUAACAGUGGCUAAUCAGAGCACCAUAAACUUUUAAGAGGGGUCCCAGAGUUCAUUGGGGUGAGUCUGUUUGGCUUGAUGCUCAAGCCACCUUACAAAAGCUACGUAAUAUUUAUUAGGAUGGUGGCUCCGUGCUGCAGUUGAAAGCAAGCAGGGAGAAACCCUUUCCCUCUAAGGAAAACUAGGAAGAGUGACUUUUCCCUUUCAGAUGGUCUGUGUUUCCUUGUACUAUAUGUUCUGAUUGUAUUGAAUGAAUUUCCUACUACUGAACAUAUUUGUGUGAAAUAUUUGAGCUACUUGAGCAGCUGUCAAGCAUGCUUGAGAGGGGGCGAGGGUGACAGGGUUAUGACUUGCAAAGCAUGGGAAGGAAAAUGGUACUUUGUACUGUCUUUUCAUUAGUUUAUUUUGGAAUGAAAGAGGGAACAGGAUGGGGGUACUGGUACUUUUCUUCCAGUGCUGAAGAGCUUCUCCACUGCCCCGAUCAGAGCUUAGUUAUUGAGGCUGCAUAGUGAGAGCAGCUGCAGGAUUUAGUUUCUUUCUGCUGUAGCCAGUUUAUUGGAUUAUUCAGUAUGCUUGAACUUCAAGCUGAAAUUGGUGUCAAGGUACCACUGUAUUGCAUAUUAGGAGGAUACAGUACACUGCCACACAUUGUUAAAUCAGAGCAGCAACAAUUUGCUGUCAGUGAAGGGUUCUAAGCUCAGAAUACCUGUUUUGUAGAUUUUUGCUGCUAGAAUAAGAAUCGUUUUAAUGUUUCACAAAGCAGUGGACAUACCUUUAAAUUACUGGAUUUCAAGCAGAUCAGAGUGUUAACAAAAUCCAUAUAGCACACACACAGCCUUAGUGGGUUGUAAUCAUCCCUGCCUGAGAGAGGUUCACAGCUCUGGUAUAUACCCAUACAAAAUGAAGGGCUUGUGUAUUGCUAUUGUUCCUAGGCAAAAAGAUUGUGCAGGUGAAGCUCUCCCUGCCUGUGGCUGAACUUUUGGGUCUAUGGACAUAGGAGGCCUUCAGCCUCUCUCAGGGAAAGAGAGUAGGCCACCACCCCUCCUUUCUGAAAACAUCAAGAAAUUCUGUCAUUGCCCUCAGAGGCUAACACUUUUCCGUUGAGAAAAGUAAUAAUUAAAACUGAUUAUGACACAUACAGCUUAUUCACCCAUUGUAGCCAAAUGGAACCUUACACAGGCAGAGGCAAAAUGGCUGUGAGGCAUUCAGAGGUAACUGAGGCAGAACUUCCCUGAGACAGCUGCCUGGAUGCAACUGGAAACAAUGUCAGAGUGUGUUCCUAUGUUUUGCUGGGGGGGGGGAGGAGACACUGCUUUAGCUUCCGAAAGUGGAUCAAAUGAUCACAACCUAUUCCUUUUUCCAAUGAAAAAAAGCUCCUUCCCCCUUUUAACAGAACUGCUACUAAGGGGGGGGGGCGCGGAAACCCUCUCAACAACUGUUCACGUACCUGCUCACACUCAGAAAGAAAAGUUUGCUAUAGCGCCCUAGCACUAAAUCACUAAGCUGCUUUCUGAAUUAUGCAAGAAGCAUAGCUUCUAGGACAGUCCAAUAGUUUUAUUUUCAAAAACAACAGAAGAUUCUAGGCCUUGUGGGUGAGGCUAACAGCUCCCUGGGCAAAGAGUUCUCUCUCAAAGCAAUGUGAGAUCUCACACAGAGCGCUAGUCGCUAUUCCGCCAUGCCUGCAGAGUUCCUACUAUCUUAAAAAUUCCAUACAUCUUUUCCAUUGAUUUAUGAUUGAAUCGAGCAUCUUGCUGAGAACUGCAACUAGUCUCUCAUUAAACAAUUUCUCAAAGAAAAGUGACAGAUCAAACCAUUUUUACAAUUAGGGCCAAGUUAGAAGUGAUGAAUUAUCCUUGAAUGGCAAGUGAACAGACUCACAUGUAUGCCUCCCUGUUCACUUGCAUCACUUCUAGCUUGGCUCUUAGCGAUCAAUAUAAUUUAGCUUGCUGCAAGCCUGGUAGAACUGGGUUUUAAUCAGUCUCUAGAGCAGGGGUGGUCAAACUUGCUUAACGUAAGAGCCACAUAGAAUAAACAUCAGAUGUUUGAGAGCUGCAAGACAUGAUGCAUUGAAGUGACUUCAGAUGAGGAGGUGGGUUGGGGGCGUGUCCUGAAAGUGACAUCACAGAAAGGAGUAGGGUUUUGGUGCAGUAUGCUAGACGUGCCGGAAGGGGUGGCGCUUGGGAAGAGCCAUCACCUGAUCUCUGAUUUGAAAAUGACAUCACAAAAGUGACAUCACAUCCUUGCUAGUCUUCACCCCAAAAUAUUUUCUGAGUCAGACUUGGCAGUCCCCAACAUUUUUAUUGAAAAUAUGAAAGACGGAAGGAAGGAAAAGUCAUGGAAAGAAAGGAGGAAAGGGAGGAAGGAAAAUAAACUAGACUAAAAUAAAAUGUAUGGCCACAGCAAUACUCAGAGACCUCCGGGAGCCACACAAUAUGUCUAGAAGAGCCAUAUGUGGCUCCCGAGCCGCAGCUUGGCCACCCCUGCUCUAGACUUCUUUUCCCAGUAUCCUGUCUACAUCAGAAAAGUAGCAGACAAGCUACACAUAAUGGCUAAAUUUGCCAAUAUAGAUGCAUUAUGGUUAUUCCAAUUUAUUUCCAACAAGUUUUUGUUUCUGGUGCUUUAAUAUAGAUACAAAGUUAAAGCGCAUCAGGAAAAGGGGGGGAAAUCCUUUAAAGCAAUGAAUAGCCUCUGCACCAGUUCACACCACUGAGGGGUGGUUUUCUGUACAAACAGAAAUGUUUGAAUAUGUAGCUAGCAAAUAAGAGCUUCAAUGUCAAUAGUAAUAGGAAUGUCGUCAAAGCUAUACAGUGCAGAGUUUGCACGUGCAUGCUGAGGUAGCAGAUGCAACGCAAACGUGCAGUCAAACUUGCAGUAAGUGAAAAACAUGAAUGUUUUCCAGCCCUUCCUGUUGUGGCCAAUGCUGUAGUCACAUACUUUAAAGCAGACGACUCCCUCUGGAGACAGAUCUUUAUUAUAGGCCAUUUUAACUGCUGCAUGUAUAGACUUCCUGAAGGAGCUGGCCAGUGCGGAAAAACAAAAAGCUCAAUUAAAAAUGAGUUAACACUACAGUACAGGUAUCCCUGUGACCCAUGCUGCAGUGAGUGGGGAUGGGUUCUGGAGAUCAGGUCCAAUUGUAAUAGAUACCAACAAUGGAUUCAAAAGGAUUAAGCAUGACUUCACAGUGGCAGCACCUGCACCACUAACCAAGAUGUUAGUGGUGAAAGUGACUGUAGGAAAUGACAGAACUGGAAUCAGAAACUCCCUAAUUCAACAGUGUUGGGAAACUACUAUCAGCUCUCUCUCUUCUUGUGCACUAUGGGGGUAAUAAUAAAUCUGACAAAUGAAUGUAAACAUUACUGAAAAUAAAGUUUUGAACAUGCUAAAGUGCUCUAUAACUGUUCACCAAAUAAAAGGCUUCUCACCAACACCUGGACUACCCAAGA